GUCCGUCGAGCCUGCUCGGGUUUCUACAGCUCACCAGACAAGCUUCCUGCUGCUCUCCGCUGGCCAAACUCUCGCUCUUCUUCUCAGCCUCUCCAAUUCAGAACUUCCACAGGCAAGAAUGUCAUACAGGAAAACCUACACGAUGAAGUCCUCAUCCUCGGCGGUGGCGCCGCGUAGCUUCAGCAGCCUGUCCUACGCCGGCCCCAGCGUCAGCCGCCAGAGCUACACCGUCCGAAGCUCCUACGGAGGGGUCAACCGUGGACUCGGAGGUGGUCUGGCAGGCGGCCUGGGCGGCGGAGCCUCCGGCUUCGGAAGCAGCGGCAUUGGCAGUCAAGUGAUACCCAUCACGGCCGUGACGGUCAACUCCAGCCUUCUGGCGCCUCUCAACCUGGAGAUCGACCCCACCAUCCAGGCUGUCCGCACUCAGGAGAAGGAGCAAAUCAAGUCCCUCAACAACCGCUUUGCCUCUUUCAUUGAUAAGGUACGCUUCCUGGAGCAGCAGAACAAGAUGCUGGAGACCAAAUGGAGCCUCCUCCAGAGUCAGACCACCACCCGCUCCAACAUCGACGCCAUGUUCGAGGCCUACAUUGCCAACCUGCGCAGACAGCUUGACAGUCUGGGCAAUGACAAAAUGAGGCUAGAAGCCGACCUGCACAACAUGCAGGGUUUGGUCGAGGACUUCAAGAAUAAGUAUGAGGAUGAGAUCAACAAGCGCACAGAGGCUGAGAAUGACUUUGUCCUCAUCAAGAAGGAUGUUGACGAGGCCUACAUGAAUAAGGUCGAGCUCGAGGCUAAACUAGAGAGCCUUACGGAUGAAAUCAACUUCCUCAGGCAGAUCUAUGAGGAGGAGAUCCGUGAGCUGCAGUCUCAGAUCAAGGACACCUCAGUGGUGGUGGAGAUGGACAACACCAGGAAGUUGGACAUGGAUGCCAUCGUGGCUGAGGUCCGUGCCCAGUAUGAGGACAUCGCCAACCGCAGCCGUGCCGAGGCUGAGACGUGGUACAAGUCUAAGUUUGAGGAGAUGCAGACAUCAGCCAACAGGUAUGGCGAUGACCUUAGAUCCACCAAGACAGAGAUUAGCGAUCUCAACCGCAUGAUCCAGAGACUGCAGUCUGAGAUCGAUGCUGUCAAGGGCCAGCGUGUGAACCUGGAGAAUCAGAUCGCAGAGGCCGAGGAACGCGGGGAGAUGGCAGUGAGGGAUGCCAAGGCUCGUAUCAAGGAUCUGGAGGAUGCUCUGCAGAGAGCCAAGCAGGACAUGGCGCGCCAGAUCAGAGAGUACCAGGACCUGAUGAAUGUCAAGCUGGCUCUGGACAUAGAGAUCGCCACCUAUAGGAAACUCCUUGAAGGAGAGGAGGACAGACUCGCAAGUGGAAUCAAGGCCAUCAACAUCACAAAACAGAGCACCAGCUACAGUUCCUUCCCUAUGGAGAGUGCCGGCAGUGCCUACAGCAGCUACUCCGGCGGUUACUCCGGCGGCUUCUCCAGCGGCUACGGCAGCGGCGGCGGCAGCAGCUACGUGAGUGGCGGCUACGGCGACAGCGGCUUGGCCCAGACCAAGAAGAGCGUGGUCAUCAAGAUGAUCGAAACCAAGGAUGGCAAAGUCGUGUCGGAGUCCUCCGAGGUCGUCCAAGAUUGAGCGGGAGCCGUGAUCUUCGCUUCCAUUCCAUUGUCUUCUUAUCCAUUCCUCCUCCUGCCCAUAAACCAAUAAAGCGGUCAAAGCAACCAGCCGUGGAAGGAUACAGUCAUAUACCAGGCUGUAAAGCAAUAAGGUCUUCACCCUGACCAAAGGCUCUCCAAGGGACCAAGCAAUAUCUCCUCACACUGUGCCUCACACUGUGCCUUAUCGCCACCUUCCGCACUAAAAUAUAAAUGCUCUCAGCUCCCUUUAUGCACCCUGUGCUCGCUUACACAAUAUGCCUUCCUGCCGAUCUCGAUGGAACGCUUGAUCUGCUACUAGCAACUGCCUCUCCUUUUCAUCGCCUUGUCCAGAACACCGUGAGACGUAUUUUGGUUUGUGAAGGGUUAUGUUUGUCUUAAAGAGCAGGGCUGUUUAUGGCAGAUCCAGUGUCUUCCCAUUGUAUUUGGUCAUAUGCAAAAGGAAAUGUCCACACUGUACCACGAGGUGCUGUUUUGUUUUUUUUUGCUACCAAAAUAAAGUGUUUACUUAAAAAUG